AUGUCCGGAGGGAUAUUCGAGGUGGUGGAGGGGGGCCCCUCGGGUGCCGAGGAGCUCGCCUUCAAGUUCGCCGUCAACUCCAUCAACCGCAACCGCUCCCUGCUGCCCAACACGACGCUCACCUACGACAUCCAGCGCAUCAACGUCUUCGACAGCUUCGAGGCGUCACGCAAGGCGUGCGACCAGUUGUCCCUCGGCGUCGCCUCCAUCUUCGGUCCGCCGCACGUCUCGUCGGCCAACUCGGUGCAGUCGAUCUGCAGCGCCCUCGAGGUGCCGCACGUGCAGAGCGCGUGGAAGCAGCACGUGACGCGCUCGCGCGACGCCUUCUACGCCAACCUCCACCCCGAGUACGCGUCGCUGUCACGCGCCAUCCUGGAGCUGGUGCAGCACUUCCACUGGCGCCUCGUCACCGUCGUCUACCAGGACAGCACCGGCCUCAUCAGGCUACAGGAGCUGAUCAAGGCGCCGUCGCGCUACAGCAUCCGGCUCAAGAUCCGGCAGCUCCCCACGGGCACGAAGGACGCACGGCCGCUGCUGCGUGAGAUGAAGCGUGCCAAGGAGUUCCACGUCAUCUUCGACUGCAGCCACACCACGGCGGCAGAGAUCCUCAAGCAGGCGCUGUCCAUGGGGAUGAUGACUGAAUACUACCACUACAUCUUUACCACGCUGGACAUGCUGGCUCUGAACAUGGAGAAUUACCGUUACACGGGAGUGAACAUGACCGGGUUCCGCAUCCUCAACACGGACAGCUCCUACGUGGCCUCCACCAUCGAGAAGUGGACCAUGGAGCGCCUCCAGGCGGCGCCGCGGCCCGAGUCCGGUCUGCUCGAUGGGAUCAUGACGACGGACGCGGCCCUCAUGUACGACGCCGUGCACGUGGUCUCGGCGGCGUCGCAGCGACUUCCCUCCAUGACCGUGAGCUCGCUGCAGUGCCACCGCCACAAGCCCUGGAGGUUCGGGCCGCGGCUCAUCGCGCUCAUCCGAGAGACGCAAUGGGAUGGACUCACGGGCAGGAUCCGAUUCAACAAGACGAACGGACUCAGGACGGACUUUGACCUCGACAUCGUGAGCCUCCAAGAGGACGGACUCGAAAAGCCCACACGCGUCUCCGGCCCCGACUCUGCUCUGCAUGGCGGUGUAUGGAGCAAGAUCGGCACGUGGGACCCGUCCGCGGGGCUCAACAUGACGGACGGGCGCAAGGAGCGCGCCGGCAACGCCAGCGACAUCAUCUCCAACCGCUCGCUCGCGGUCACCACCAUCCUGGAGGACCCGUACGUGAUGUACAAGAAGUCGGACAAGCCGCUGUACGGCAACGAGCGGUUCGAGGGCUACUGCAUCGACCUGCUCCGCGAGCUCGCCAACAUCCUGAAAUUCACCUACGACGUCCACCUCGUGGGCGACGGCAAGUACGGCGCCCAGAACGAGCACGGCCAGUGGAACGGAAUGGUGCGCGAACUCAUGGACCACAAGGCCGACCUUGCCGUGGCCCCGCUGACCAUCACCUACGUGCGUGAGAAGGUCAUCGACUUCUCGAAGCCCUUCAUGACCCUGGGCAUCAGCAUCCUGUAUCGGAAGCCCAACGGCACCAAUCCCGGCGUCUUCUCAUUCCUCAAUCCGCUCUCGCCCGAUAUCUGGAUGUAUAUUCUGCUCGCCUGCUUAGGUGUCAGCUGUGUGCUGUUUGUCAUCGCCAGGUUCAGCCCGUACGAGUGGUACAACCCGCACCCGUGCAACCCGGACUCGGACGUGGUGGAGAAUAACUUCACGCUGCUAAACAGUUUCUGGUUUGGCGUCGGAGCUCUCAUGCAGCAAGGCUCUGAGCUGAUGCCAAAGGCCUUGUCGACACGCAUCGUUGGAGGCAUCUGGUGGUUCUUCACCCUCAUCAUCAUCUCGUCCUACACGGCCAACCUGGCCGCCUUCCUCACGGUCGAGCGCAUGGAGUCGCCCAUCGACUCGGCGGACGACCUCGCCAAGCAGACCAAGAUCGAGUACGGGGCCGUGCGUGACGGCUCCACCAUGACCUUCUUCAAGAAGUCCAAGAUCACCACGUACGAGAAGAUGUGGAUCUUCAUGGACAGCCGCGCGCAGACGUCGCUGGUGAAGAGCAACGACGAGGGCAUCAACCGCGUGCUCACCACGGACUACGCCUUCCUCAUGGAGUCCACCAACAUCGAGUUCGUGACGCAGCGCAACUGCAACCUCACGCAGAUCGGCGGCCUCGUGGACAGCAAGGGAUACGGAGUGGGGACCCCCAUCGGUACGCGCGGUGGGGCGUCUUGA